CGGAUUAGGGCGGGAGGCGGCCCCACACCCCACAGGGCGCAGGUCCGUGGGCGGGUCCCGGCGCGGGGCGCAGCGGGCAAGGUCCUGUCGGCCAUGGGACCCGCGGCGGAGAGCGGACGCGCCGCGCCGGCCGCCAGGAACUGUUUGCCGGUUCUACUCGCAGUAUGCUCGCUACUGACGACUUGGGAAGUAAAGGCAUCAAACGCCUUUAAACCUAACAUUCUGCUGAUAAUGGCAGAUGACCUUGGCAUCGGGGACCUCGGUUGCUAUGGGAACAAUACACUGAGGACGCCAAAUAUCGACCGGCUGGCAGAGGAAGGUGUGAGGUUCACGCAGCACCUGGCGGCCGCCCCUCUUUGCACCCCGAGCAGAGCCGCAUUCCUCACUGGGAGGCACUCCAUCAGGUCAGGCAUGGACGCCAGCGAUGGAUACCGGGCCCUGCAGUGGAACGGGGGCUCAGGCGGACUCCCCAAGAAUGAAACCACGUUUGCCAGCAUCCUGCAGCAGCAAGGCUAUGCAACCGGCCUCAUAGGAAAAUGGCACCAGGGCGUGAACUGUGAAUCCCGCACAGACCACUGCCAUCACCCACUGAGCCACGGAUUCGACUAUUUUUACGGCAUGCCUUUCACGCUCGUGAAUGACUGUCAACCCGGCAGACCCCCAGAAGUGGAUGCCCACACGAGAGCCCAGCUCUGGCAUUACACCCAGAUGAUGGCCCUGGGGCUACUGACCUUUGCUGUUGGCAAAGCCUGCCGGUUAAUCUCCAUUCCCUGGAAGGCGGUCAUCGGCGCGGCCAGCUUCGUCUUCCUGUUCUUCGCCUCCUGGUACGCCAGCUUCGGUUUCGUCCGUCGCUGGAAUUGCAUCCUAAUGAGAAACCAUCGCGUCGCCGAGCAGCCCAUGGUUUUGGAAAGAACAGCGAGUCUUAUGUUACAGGAAGCCGUUUCCUACAUCGAAAGAAAUAAGCACGGCCCUUUCCUGCUCUUCAUCUCCUUGCUACACGUGCACAUCCCCCUUGUCACCACAAAACAGUUUCUUGGGAAAAGCCGACAUGGCUUAUACGGAGACAACGUGGAGGAGAUGGAUUGGCUCGUAGGUGAAAUUCUGAAGGCCAUCGAAGAAAACAAUUUGAAAAACACGACAUUCACCUAUUUUACCUCUGAUCAUGGAGGACAUUUGGAGGCAAGAGAUGAGCAUGGCCAACUUGGGGGAUGGAAUGGAAUAUACAGAGGUGGUAAAGGCAUGGGUGGCUGGGAAGGCGGCAUCCGGGUCCCGGGGAUAGUCCGCUGGUCCGGGGUGCUGCAGGCUGGCCGAGUGAUCCAGGAGCCCACCAGCCUGAUGGACGUGUUCCCCACCGUGGUCCAGCUGGGGGGCGGCGAGGUGCCCCAGGACAGGGUGAUCGACGGCCGCAGCCUGGUGCCCCUGCUGCAGGGAGCUGCUGAGCCCUCGGCACACGAGUUCCUAUUUCAUUACUGUGGGAAGCAUCUCCACGCAGCACGCUGGUAUGACAAGGACAGCGGAAGACUGUGGAAGGUCCAUUAUGUGACACCGCGCUUCCAGCCCGAGGGAGCAGGGGCCUGCCACGGCCGAGGCGUGUGCCCCUGCUCUGGGGACGGCGUGAUCCAGCACCACCCGCCCUUGCUGUUUGACCUCUCCAGGGACCCCUCCGAGGCACAGCCCCUGUCCCCCGGCUCCGAGCCCCUGUUCUACGCAGUGGUGGUGAGGGUGGGCGAGGCUGUGGAGGAGCACAGGAGGACCCUGACUGCUGUGCCCCCCCAGUUUUCCCUGAGCAACAUCGUGUGGAAACCGUGGCUGCAGCCGUGCUGUGGGACUUUCCCCUUUUGCUCGUGCAGCCAGGAUGGACACCACAGCGCGACGUGACCUCACUCAUUCCAGGAUGGGGGUCCUCAAGCAGGUGUUCACGAGACUGUGAAGCAAAGGGACCCCUCACGCACUGUUUGGUGGGACUGUAAAUUCCCUUACAGGACCAAUAAGUUCUGGGUCUCGUGUACAGCAUGGUGGUGGUGGUGGUGAACAGGUUGGACAGUGGCCAAGAGAGUGGAUCGCAAGUUCUCAGCACUUGGGAUGGAUGCACGUGUCCAUUCACUUGAUUGUGACCAUUCUUUCUUGAUGUGUACGUCUAUCCAAUCCUCAUGUCGCACACCUGAAAUAAAUGCAGUUUUAUUUGUCAAUUAUA